CGUGGCCCGCGCAGACUCAAAGUCCAAUGGCACCUCGGGGCGUCGGCUGCCACACAGCGGCGGGAGUGAAGAACUGGACAGCCACCCUUCUACUGCCGGCACCCUUCCCCACCAGCCUUUCAGGAUCAUCGACUGGCUACCUUCGCUCUAGGAUCACAACUAGCCCGGCGCAGCACCGAAAUCCAACAGAAGGACGUCUCGCGAGAGCUCGGAAAGGAAGAAGGUUGGACGGGCGAUCGGGAGGUGGCCAAUGAGAGAAUAGAAAGCGUUGAUGGACUGUCCCCCGGGCCCCUCCUUCGAGCCCCGCCCGGCUGCGGAGGUCCGGGUCACCGCCCGCCUGCCCCGCCCCCCACAGUGCCCCGCUCUUCUUUUUCCCCUUGGGUUGGCGGCUGGCCUCCCUUCUUUCCAGCUCCACUUUACCCCUGCUCCACUUUACCCUAAGACUUCUCUUGGUCUCGGUCCCGAAACCGGCCUGAGGUGCUUCCCCCGCAUCCUCGGAGUGGCCACAUAACGACUGUCCCCUAGCAUCCUGAGUUUUCUCUUUUCUCUGGGCUUCUGACUGCGCCUGCCCGCCAUGAAUGAGGAGUACGACGUGAUCGUGCUGGGCACCGGCCUGACGGAAUGUAUCCUAUCAGGUAUAAUGUCAGUGAAUGGAAAGAAAGUUCUUCACAUGGAUAGAAAUCCAUAUUAUGGAGGAGAAAGUGCAUCUAUAACACCUCUGGAAGAUUUAUACAAAAGAUUUAAAAUACCAGGAGCACCACCAGCAUCAAUGGGGAGAGGAAGAGACUGGAAUGUUGACUUAAUUCCCAAGUUCCUUAUGGCUAAUGGUCAGCUGGUUAAGAUGCUGCUUUAUACAGAGGUUACUCGUUACCUGGACUUCAAAGUGACUGAAGGGAGCUUUGUCUAUAAGGGAGGAAAAAUCUACAAGGUUCCUUCCACCGAAGCAGAAGCCCUGGCAUCUAGUUUAAUGGGGCUGUUCGAAAAACGUCGCUUCAGAAAAUUCCUAGUAUAUGUUGCCAACUUCGAUGAAAAUGAUGCUAGAACUUUUGAGGGCAUUGAUCCUAAGAAGACUGCAAUGCGAGAGGUGUACAAGAAAUUUGACUUGGGCCAAGAUGUUAUAGAUUUUACUGGUCAUGCCCUGGCACUUUACAGAACUGAUGACUAUUUAGAUCAACCAUGUUGUGAAACCAUUAAUAGGAUUAAACUUUACAGUGAGUCUUUGGCAAGAUAUGGCAAGAGCCCAUACCUUUAUCCACUGUAUGGUCUUGGAGAACUGCCACAAGGAUUUGCAAGGCUAAGUGCUAUUUAUGGAGGGACCUACAUGCUGAAUAAACCAAUUGAAGAAAUCAUUGUGGAAAAUGGAAAAGUGAUUGGUGUUAAAUCUGAAGGAGAGAUUGCUCGUUGUAAGCAGCUCAUCUGUGACCCCAGCUAUGUAAAAGAUCGGGUAGAAAAAGUGGGUCAGGUGAUCCGAGUUAUCUGUAUCCUCAGUCACCCCAUCAAGAACACCAAUGAUGCCAACUCCUGUCAAAUCAUUAUUCCCCAGAACCAGGUCAACAGGAAGUCAGAUAUCUACGUCUGCAUGAUCUCCUCUGCACACAAUGUGGCAGCACAAGGAAAGUACAUUGCCAUAGUCAGUACUACUGUGGAGACCAAGGAACCCGAGAAAGAAAUCAAACCAGCUUUGGAGCUCUUGGAACCAAUAGAACAGAAAUUCAUUAGCAUCAGUGACCUGCUUGUACCAAAAGAUGUGGGAACAGAAAGCCAGAUCUUUAUUUCCCGUACAUACGAUGCUACAACUCACUUUGAGACAACCUGUGAUGACAUUAAAGACAUCUAUAAGAGGAUGACAGGAACCGAGUUUGACUUUGAGGAAAUGAAGCGCAAGAAAAAUGACAUCUAUGGGGAAGACUAACAGCAGUCUGUGUUACCAUCUAAUUAGACAAACUUUAAAAUUUGGCAAAUAAUGCAUACUGUAUGAAAUCAAUAUUGUAAGGCCUGCUUUUGUAAUCCAAACAGAGAUUGCAGAGCACUGCACCAGUAAAUACAACUCCCCUUUCUAAUAUUGUGUAUUAACUUGUUUUCAUGGAGUGGCUAUUCAGAAUUGACAGGUGACCACAUUCUGUACUGUUAACCAAUGCUGGCUUUUUUUUCUAGCGAAGGGUAAGUUUUAAAACAACAUUGUGAUACUGAUACAGAGAACUUGAUACAGUAUUUGUAUCUUUUAAUCAGUAUAGCCUUUGCAGUUACAUGCUUUUGCUGCUCAAGAGCUGGAUCAAUACAAUUUACGUGCCAUCUGUCCUCUUGACAUUAAGGAGAUUUGAAAUCAAAUAUUCCAUAAUUUGGGACAGCAUCUUGACGUUUUCCCUAUAGCUUUACUUUUUGUGUCCUGUCAAGUAUUAUGAUAGUGCCCAUGUAGCCUAGCCACAGAGAUUGGUUUAUGUGGGCCUAAAAUUCUAACUGAACUUGAGACUUCAAGAGUCAUUUUGGAGGAAGCCUAUGUACGGUGUUUUAACCCGAUAAAAUUGGUGAGAGCAAAGGAAUAAGAAACCUAUCAUAAAGCAGGUAAAUGUAGAAGCUUCAUUUGUAUCCCAGGUGUGGCUUCUUCGGUGGACCAAGCUGCAGUGAAAUGCAGUAUUGAUUUGACAGAGCCUUUCCUUCAAUGAUGUCUGCCUCAAAAUGGCUCCAAAUGAUUUCUGUACUGCAAAAUAAAGCCAAACUCUGGAUACCAA